AUGGCAGACGGAGUCGAGACCGGCGCUCCUUACCCGCUGCCUCGAGUGACCAUCAAGUUCUGCACUCAGUGCAAAUGGAUGCUAAGAGCAGCAUACUACGCCCAGGAGCUGCUCUCAACAUUCUCAACCUCCCUGGGCGAGGUUGCCCUCCAGCCCUCCACAGGCGGGACCUUCGUAGUUGAGAUCUUCCACGCCCCCUUCCCAGCAACCACCACCACGACGGACCCCUCGCUAUCUCUGCCGCCACCAGCAGCAGAAGGAGGCCCCGCGGUCCAGGCCCGCACCCUCUGGGACCGCAAGGUCGACGGCGGCUUCCCCGAGACCAAGGAGCUGAAGCGCCGCGUGAGGGACGUGAUCGAGCCGGGCAGAGACCUCGGACACGUCGACAGGAACCACGCGAGGCCGGCCGCCGGGGCUGGGGCUGGGGGUGAGUCCGGAGCCGGCACGGAAACGCAGCAGCAGCAGCAGCAGCAGCAGCAGCAAGAGGAAGGGGAAGCGCAGGGGCACAAGGACAGGCCGUCCAGGGCGGAGCUGGAGGCCGCGGGCCCGGCCGGCGCCGGCUACCCGGGCUCGAGCGAGGCGGCCGCGCAGCUGGUCGGGGCCGCUGUGCAGGGUGGUGGUGGUGGUGGUGGUGGUGACGGCGGGAAGCCGCCGAAGGGCGCGUGUGAGAGCAAGGAAGGGUGCGAGGACUGUGAUUGA